CCCUGAGCGUUCACGGGCGGCGUGACGUUACGCAGCACCGAACGAGGAACGCGAGAGGAUGGAGGCCGCGGAGCAGCAGCGGAGCUCGAGUGACGGCGCGACCGCCCGAGGAGCGGGGGUUCCGGGCAGCGGCGGUGGAGCGGAGCCCGGCGGAGGCGCUGAGGGCGAGCGGGACAAAGAUCGCGCAACAUUCGAGUGUAACAUUUGCCUGGACACGGCCCGUGACGCGGUUAUCAGCAUGUGUGGACAUCUCUUCUGUUGGCCGUGUCUUCAUCAGUGGUUGGAGACGAGACCCAGUCGACAGCAGUGUCCCGUAUGUAAAGCAGGAAUCAGUCGGGAUAAAGUGAUUCCUCUGUACGGCCGCGGCAGCACCAGUCAAGAAGACCCCAGAUUGAAAACACCUCCUCGGCCUCAGGGUCAGAGAACAGAAGCAGAGAGUCGAGGGUUGUUUCAGGGUUUUGGCGACACGGGGUUUCACAUGUCUUUUGGAAUCGGUGCUUUUCCAUUCGGCUUCUUCACCACAGUCUUUAAUACCAAUGACCAUUUUCACAGAGCAGACCCUCACUAUGCAGGCGAUCACCACGGCAACGGAAAUCCCAACAACGGCAACAACUGGCAGGACUCGCUCUUCCUCUUCCUCGCCAUCUUCUUCUUCUUCUGGAUGUUGAGCGUGUGAAGGGCUGAAGUGAUGGACACACACACAUACACACACACGCAUACAGAGGUGGAUGUCGUCUUCAUUCCACCCAACUUUCAUUGACGCAGAAGUGAAAUGUGUUUUCUGCGCAGACAAAUUCUUCAUCUUCUCUGUCUGUCUGUCUCUCUGCACAUGUACAUAUAUACACACACACACAUCUGCGGGUUGAAUUGUGGCUCAGUGUUGAAGAAAAGAGACAGUAUUAAUGAACACUAUCAGUAGAAACAGUUCAUUCACUCUCAUGUUGUUUCAAACCCUCGAGAUUUACUCAUAAGCACAUAACUUACUAAAUAUGUGACUCGUUUUUCAAGUCUUACCAGUCAUAAAAACUCAAUUCAACUCAUUAAAUCUCUUUUUAAAAAUGAAAUCAUUAAAUGUCAUUUUGUGAAUAAUAAUAAUAACUAAAGCUAUCGUAUGACCCCAGGAGAUUUAUGUCUUGACUUUAGUGACUGCUGUUAUUUUAUUCAAAUAAGCAUUCAUUUCAGAAAUGGGUUUGAAAUAACAUGAUGAUUUUUUAAUAGGAAAACUGUUCUUGUCGUGUCUGUGAGAUUCUGAUGCCAAAGAAAUUCGGACCUUAGAGAAAUACGAAGCGAAUGAGAGAAGGAUUUUAUGUAGGUUCAUUUAGGAAGAGUUUUGUCUUAUCUUCAGGCCAUAACACUGUGCCGUCAGGAUAAAUAAAUCUGAUGGAUGACUUAAAUCUCUUAUACUGUGAGUCAUGUACUCAUUUAUUUAACAUCAAUCUCAUGAUAUCGAAACAUAACCGGCUUCUUUUCACCACACGGAAAAAUCAACAGAUGUUUUGCUUAAGGAAAAUCAAGCCUGUUUCUUGCAUUGUGACAUUAUUGUCGUCCAAAACUCUCAUGAGUAGUAUUUGCAUAAUUAAAUUAAAAGUAUUUAUAUACAUUAUUAUGAUAAUAUUUAUUUUAUUUUACUGACUGCUGAUUUAAAUGAAAGUAAAAUUCAUAUUUGUCAUGAAAGUAAUGUUACAAUGCAAAAAGAAAUCUUCAUGCCAUGAUUAAAUAUUUUAUGAUGUUACUGUUUUAUAUUUCCUGUAAGAAUCUAAAUGGUUUGCUGGGUUAUAGUAAGAUGCAAACUAGUCAUAAGUAAGCUAAACGUGAAGAUGUGGAUUAACCCGCUGAAGAUGGAAAUAUAUGCGUGUUGUGUCACAUCUCACAGACCCACAGCAGAUGUUUUCACAACAAUUCAAUCUGUUUGUUGUGUAAAGCAGUUUCAACGACACACACACUUUUUUAAUCUCCUUGACAUCAAUUCUAAAUGUUAAACUAUGAAUCUGAUUUAUAGGGUAAAUAAUGGGAGAAACUUUAUGCAGCUAUUGAGUUAAUGUCAUUUAUUUUAAUAUCCCAGAGGAUUAAACUCAAUAGAAAAAGUCAACACAUUUUAAUUGUUAACAAUGUAACGAAUAAUGUUAUAUAUAUCUAUACAUCUAUCUAAUAUGUAUUUCUCAGAGUGAGACGUGUUGUCUCGUGAGUGUGUGUAUAUAUGGAUGUUGUAAAUGAUGUCUAAUGUUGAUUGACAGGUGGUGGGAGGUGAUGGUUUGUAGUGAUGUGUGUUUAUCAAUGCAACAAACAUCCUGUGAACAAACAUUUCCGUUUUCCUCUCUCGCUGCAGAUGAUUGGCUGGUUUAAUCUUGAGCCAAUAGAUGAGUAGAAUUAUGACCACGCCCAGAUUUAUUAUGUCAACACAGUUCAUGUGGAUUGACCUUUGCUGGCUGUGGGUUAUAAAGGUUUUGACAUCACGGGUAUGAUGAUUUCUUACUGGUUGAUUUAGGUUGAAUUUGCUCUUCUUUGUCUUUUUUUGUAUAUCACUGUUUAAUCAAAGCAUAUGUUUGUAUAGAAAGUCUUCUUUUGGUAGAUAAUAAUUAUUGUGCAAAUGGGGAUGAAACUAAUGUGGCCUGUUUACUGGCACUUGAUAAAUAAACAUUUAAUAUGG